CAUAAGUUUAUUUAUUAUAUGCGGGACAGCGUAUCGUAACAUUCGGCGCUCAUGCGGAUACGGCAGAAUGGAAUAUGCCAGCAUAAUUUCCCAAAGGCUGCUUUGAGACAUUGUGUUUGAAAUGACACCUCUCGAAAAACGUCAGAACAAAUAAGCAACUUUCUUAAACCUGGAAGGUAAUUAACAGUCUUAAAUUUUGUUGAUAGGCGGGAUUUUAAGCUUCUCGAACAGUUAAUCCGAUGCACAGAGAUGCAUAUCUAUACAGUGAACUGCCUUUCUUUUCAAGCAUGAGUAAUAUGUUUGUUAUACUGAGUCAUUCCCCGAUUCAUAAAAGAGUAAUCUACACGUGAUAAAUAUAAACUCGUGCAAAGAAUUGUAAGCUGGAACAAAAUUUUGCCAGCAAGGGUGUGACCUUAGACGAGGUUGUAAUAAUAGAACUCACUUGGAAAUCCCAAUCCAUGUUUUGACUUAGCAGUACUCCACGUGUUUGUACUGUCUCUGCCAACUCAAUACCGAUGUCACAAAUCUUUAUUUGGAUAUACACUGAGAAUACAAUUUCUCGAGUAUGAAAAAACACGGCUUGUUUUACUUGCGUUUAUAAGCCGUCAGUUCGGUUAAAUCCAAGCUUCGAGAUGUUCUAUAUUGCUGUUAAUAAGAUGAAUUAGAGACUGGAGGUUACACCCUUUAAAGAGGUUGUUUGUUUCGUACGCGUGUAAAUUAUAUUUCGGUCUUUAAUUAAUGCGCUCGUUAUAUCGUGAACGGACAAAUUUAAUAAUAACGGCCCCAGGAUGGUUUCUUGUGAAACGACUGUGUUUAUAGAAUGGAGUGUUGAAGUUUUUCUUUUUUUCCUAGAGAAACACUGCUGGCGAUGCUGCAAAUAAGAUGUAAAGAGCAGACGUGCAAUGCCAUGGACGCCGUUGAAAGAAUUGGCCGCGCGCUUUUCCCGCAGGCGAAGUCGGUGCGAACCAUUCUAUACGCACCGCGAAAAAUAGCGGAGAGCGAAUGGCAGACGCUGGGUGCGUUGUGCCUCGUCAUCGUGCUGUUGCUCGGGGCCGCCACGGGAGCCGUGCUGAUGGUGCGGCACACGGUCGGCACGAAGGCGCGCUUGUGCACCAGCGACGCGUGCACGGCCCACGCGCUGUGGUUACGGGGUGUCGUGAACCGCAGCGUCGAUCCGUGCGAAGACUUCGCCGCAUUCACGUGCACCAGCCCGGGGAAGUCGUUCGAGUUCUUCGCCUCGGCCACCGCUGAAGAUCUGCUCAACGCGUGGUUCGCCCAGGUGGGCCCUCUACUCGAGGGAGUUGCCGGAAGACUGUCUGCAGCCAGCAAAGCGCUCGCGGCCUUCGGAACUUGCAUGGACCAGGAUCUGAAAGACACCGCUGCUGCCAUGGGCGUGCUGCGAGAUUUCAUGCGAGAACGCCACAUACCUUGGCCCGAAGCGCCGGAGGGCAACGUCUCGCCACUCGGCGUUCUUCUGGACCUUGCCUUCAACUGGCGGCUGCCCUUUUGGAUCCACGUGCGGUUGCAGCGCAACGUCCUAGGCGACCGCACCGCCACGCUGCUGAGCGGCGGGAACUUCGCUCACUUCUGGACGUACUACCAUCGGGUGGCGGUUGCCGAGGGCGCAUACGAGAACUACUACGACAGCUACGUGAGGCUCUUCGCACCCGCUGGCUUCCAGUCGCCGCGUUCCGACGAAGCUAAUGAGAUGGCCGCCAUGAUGACGGAUGUUCUCGAGAAGUUGCUCGCCGUCAAGGAGCGGAAGAGGCCCACGCCGGCCCACUUCCGCCUACGAGAUAUCGCUUCGUACACACCGAACAUCACUGUCGCCACAUGGAAAGUGGCGCUGGAAGAAAAUGUGAACAUUCCGCCCGAGUUUACCGGCGCCGAUCUGUUCGGCGUUAGCGACGACGCCGUGCUCACUGCGGUGAAUGACAUAUUCGUAAAGUACAGCAACGUUGAAAUAUUGCGUCACCUUGGGUGGUUCUUCGUGCAGGUGUUCGCGCCCGUGGGGAACAUCUCUGCGCUUGGCGCGGGCUUCGAAAUUGGCGCGCGCUCUCGACGAAGUGUGUUUUGCGGCACCGAGGUAGAAACACUGUACGGGGCGUUGAUAAGCUCUCUCUAUGUGGACGCCCUGCUUCCGCACGAAGCGCGCAGUGACGUCGGUGCGGUGCUGGAAAACGUGAGGAGGACUGCCGUGAAGAAGUUGGGCGAGAUUUCGUGGAGCGACGAUGCGUCCACGCUCACCGCCCAGGUGAAAAUCGAUCAGACGAAAGUCCGCCUGUGGCCACCUAAGUGGAUGCUCACAUCGUGGGGCCUGAACGAGAUGUACGCGGCUUUCAUGUCGCAAGGCGACACGUUCGCUAGCUUCUGGCUUGAUGGAUUCCGCAAUAUUCGUGAGCUGAAAUUGAAAAUGAGGUACUACGAGGCGCUCAAUUUGCCUACCAACUCGCUGCUACCUCUGUUUGACUACGACCGCCUGCUGAACACUGUCGCGAUUUCCGUAGCGGCACUGGCCCCUCCACUAUACUACAGCCACGGCACUCCUGCGAUGAUAUACAGUGGCCUCGGGUUCGCGUUCUCGCAGCAGCUCGUCAGGGCAUUCGACAGCGCAGGAAUAAAGAUCGACCCGAACGGUGCCGUGGGAGGCUCCUGGGCGUCGACCCUCUGGAAGGAUGCCGUUGCCAAGAAGGCGCGGUGCCUGCACCAUCAGCGUCCCGGAACCUCCAACGACGAAGACCUGUUUCCAGAGGUCCCCGCCCUGGAGGUCGCGCACAGUGCCCUGCUCUCCGCGCUCGCCGUGGAACGGUUCGUACGAACGACGGCGGACUUGAGCGAGGAGCAGGCGUUCUUUAUCGCCGUCUGCCACGGAAUGUGCCAUCCUGCGCGUCUAGUCACCGGCGUCGUCGCCGGUUCCGAUUGCAACAAAGCGAUGCGCAACUUUCCUGCCUUCGCUGCCGCCUUCGGAUGCAGCGAGGGUUUGCCGAUGAACCCCGCCCUAAAGUGCUCGUUCUUUGACUAAGUGCUUUUUUUUUUGCCCGAAUGGACCAUUUACGCGGAUUUCGGAACCUGAACUUGCCUCUGUUACGCAGCCUACACCGGAAGUGUGCUACGACUUCCCGUUUCAGGGGUACUUCGGUAGCUUAUUCUCCUGCCGUGAUGACAAACUGCGAGAAAUAUGGUGCUGUAGCCCACUGUUCUUUUAAUAAGCUUUUCUUGCUUGUAUAGAGAUGAGCGUUUUCGUUUUCACAACGGUCGGCGAAAGGUGUACUCUAUGCAAAGGCUGAUAUUGUUGAGGCCUACACUGAUUUGCAUUGCAGUCGUCGUACUUGUUUCUUGAGGACAUUUUUACUUAUUGACCAUGUUUUUUUUAGCACUUUUGAUGGCUAUCAGUUUACGAUCUCUUAAUACCGAUAUGCCCGCGCACGCAUUUCUGAAAUGUAUUACCAUAGCGCCUCUGAUUAGGGAUAAGUGCGAACUACCGAGACAAGCAUCGAUAGCCUUUUCGAGUGGUCCUGCAAACAGGUCGCAGGGACAGAUGAGGCUCAAAUGACGUCUCACUUGCUUGUGCAAGUUUAGCGGCCUCCGUGGUGAAUAAAACGUUCAUUACCAUGUAUUGUGCGCCGUUUAGGAAUGUUUACAUGUGACACAGCGUUUCACGCCCACGUCGGGUUUGACUACGUUAGAAUAAAAGAGAAACCUGGCCGCAGA